AACUCACACCUUCCAGUUCAAAAACAGGAAACUGAUACUAUUUCCUCCAUUUGUCAGAGAAGAGCUUUAGAAGAAAAAUGAAGUCCAGAAGCAGUGCAUCACUCUUCCUCCUCUGCGCUCUGAUUAUUAACAACUUUACAGACUCCAGUGCAUGUGACUUCACUGUGGCAGUAGGGAGCCCUGUUACCAUUAAGCUUGGCCUUGAUCAAACUGAUGAGCUUGUAUGGAAACACAACUCUAAGAGAGUGGUUAAAGGAGAGGUUAAAACAUUACCAACAAAACUAAAAAACGCAAAGGUGACCAGUGAUGAUCUUGUAAUCAGUUCUGUAAAAAAAGAAGAUAAUGGCGACCAUGAGUUUGAAGUUUUCCUUUCGAAUGGCACAUCUAAAGCAAAAAAAACAAUCACACUGUGUGUUCAUGAAAAGCCACCUAAGCCAACGGUAAACGACACAUGUAUAGAUGGGACUCCUUACAUUACCUGUGAAGUUAAAGACAAAACCGGACGGACCUUCAGUUGGUAUAAAAAUGGGAAAAGAAUUGAUGGAAAUUCUGCAAGUCUAAAAAACAUUGAGAGAGAUCAGGACUAUGAGUGUGCUGUGGAACAACCCAUUCCAAGUGAAAAGAGUAAUAAAUUCAUACUAACUGCGACUAAAUGUAGAAGUUCGGAGAACGGAGAAGAAGGCGAUAUGCUUUGGGGUUUUGAGCGCUGGAUAAUGAUAACUAUUCUAGCAGGAGGAGGGAGUCUGGUGCUGGUGCUGAUGAUCGUGCUGGUGAUAUGUGCCUGUCAAAGCUGCAAACGACGAGAGAAACACCUACAAGAUGAGGAGGAGUUCAAACUGCAUCAUUUCCACACCUCUCCACACUCUGGGCAGCAAAGAUCGAAGAAUACAGCGAGAGGUCAGCCGGCACCUCCAGUCCCCCAAGAGGAUCCUGAAGUCUCCAACUAUGAAGUGGAUGAACCUCCACCCAAGACCCAGCCUAGAUCAAAGAGGAGUCCUCGGCCUCCUCCACCUCCUGUAGACGACGACGAACAACCUCCACCGUUACCCCAACCAAGGAAAAAUGGUCCACAUGGCAAGAAGAAUCAAGGUCCUUUAUAUAUGCAACAAUGAACCAAUGCUUAAUGUUGACCAUUCGUUCCUGAUGUAAAUCAAGGUGAGGCGUUUAAUCACAUUAUGUCGUGUUUUAUAUACACUGCUCAAAAAAAUGAAGGGAACACUUAAUUGUCACAGAAUAAUGAUAGCAACAGCAAGACAAACCCCUAAAAAAAGGGAAUGGUUUUGCAGGUGGUCUCCACAGACGAUAAAUAAUCUAUUUUUAUCUUUUUUAAUCUAAAGUUGUGUGCACUCUUGGUUAAUUCUUUCUUUUUGAGACUUUUGAGUAAACACAGUUUCUGUAGCUAAAUUUACUCUGAGAAUUC